CUGCACAUUGGCCGGGACGGGUUGUUUUACCUGGCCGAGCGCGAGAGCGGUGAGGCUGUGGAGAACCUGCUGACCGUUCGCGACGGCUCUGGCACCGUGCUGGCCAGAUGGACGACACCACGCAGCCACCAGAUCUGGCCCGACGCCCACGGCAACAUCUAUCUGGUCAGCGGCGGCGCUACCGACGCUGCCAAGGGCUUGGGAACCAAGUACGUCAGAGUGCGCUAG